ACACACUUGAUAAGACAAAUUUUAUUUAACAUUUACUACUGAUGUUCCCUUGAGCAUGACACUGAACUUAGCAACUACUGGAUGAAUCAAAGAAGUUUUGACGUCUCUCCCCUCAUGGUCAUGUGAUGUCUUGUAAGUUGCAGAAGUGAAAGUGAAAGAAAAGCAGAUGGAUAAAAUGGUGUCUGACGCGGGAUCCUGAAGUGCUUGUAAGCAAUAAACGUGUCUUCGUUGGAGUCAACUGAUGUCACUAACUGUCAGCCGUUAGUCCACCAUCAUCAUCACAACACAACGCAGAGACUGUAGGCUGUCACUAUUAUCAGCGAUAUAAAGGAAACUUAACGGGGGCGUUAUAAACUGUGAGGCUAAUAUAGUCCCCCGUUACACAGGCUCAUGUGAUUUCUUGUGGGUGGCAGCACUGGAACUGAAAGUGUUCAAUGGAGCAGAGCAGAUGGAUAAAAACUGACGUCCGACGCAGGACUGAUUGUAGUCCACAAGAUGAGUGCUCGUGUGGAGGAAGAGGAGGGCAGAGCAGAGCCUCCAGUAUCCAACGUUCUGUCUAUGAAGAGUGACCGGUACAACGAUCAUCCUCCAACCUUCAGUAAUGAACCUGGACCGUCAAACACAAAACGUCAGACAGACCACAGACAGAGAGCAGAGUCUCUAGCAUCGGACUGUCUGUCUAUGAAGAGUGACCGGUCCAUGGGUCAUCCUCCGCACUUCAGUAAUGAACCUGGACCCUCAGACACAAAACGUCAGACAGACCACAGACAGAGAGCAGAGUCUCCGGCAUCGGAGUGUCUAUCUAUGAAGAGUGACUGGUCCAACCAUCAUCCUCCAACCUUCAGUAAUGAACCUGGACCCUCAGACACAAAAUGUCAGACAGACCACAGACAGAGAGCAGAGUCUCCGGCAUCGGACUGUCUGUCUAUGAAGAGUGACUGGUCCAACCAUCAACCUCCGAACUUCAGUAAUGAACCUGGACCCUCAGACACAAAAGAGAGAAUGAGGAAGAAGAGGAGUGGUGUUUCUGUGGAGGAGCAGCUGUCCUGCUGUUCUUUGUGUCAGGAGGACAUCCUGAAGGAUCCAGUCUCUACCAGCUGUGGACACUGGUUCUGCAGAGAGUGCAUCAACUCAUACUGGGACCAGUCUGCUUCAUCAGGAGACUUCUCCUGUCCUCAGUGUGGAAAAAGAUCCAGAACAAGACCUGGACUGCAGACAGACAGUCAGACCAUCACUGUACAAAUGAAUGUUGCUCUCCAGGAGGUUUUACAUGACCAUAAGAUCAGUUUGAAGAGGAGAUGUGAACAUGUGACUGAAGGAACUGAUGGAGCAGGAAGUGAAACCCUCCUCAACAGCAUCUACACUGAGCUCUACAUCACAGAGGGACAGAGUGAAGAGGUUAAUACCCAACAUGAGGUGAGGCAGCUUGAGACAGCUUCCAAGAUGAAGAUCCUCCAUGACACUCCAAUCAGGUGUCACAACAUCUUUAAAGCGUUUACAGCCGAAGAGAGACACAAAAGCUCACCUGUUAAAUCCUUACCUGAUCAAAAGAAACACAUCAGAGUUGUUAUGACGAGUGGCGUCGCUGGUGUUGGAAAAACCUUCUCAGUGCAGAAGUUCACUCUGGACUGGGCAGAGGGCUUGGAAAACCAAGAUGUCAGUCUGGUGAUUCUGUUUUCAUUCAGGGAGCUGAACUUGAUCAAAGAUGAGCAGUACAGUCUUCUCAUGCUGAUCCAUGUUUUCCAUCCAACAUUACAGAAGGUCACAGCAGAGAAGCUCACUGUCUGUAAAGUUUUGUUCAUCUUUGACGGCCUGGAUGAAAGCAGACUUUCAUUAGAUUUCAAGAACAUGAUGGUCAUGUCUGAUGUCACACAGAAGUCAUCAGUCAACGUGCUGUUGACAAACCUCUUCAAGGGGAAUCUACUCCCCUCGGCUCUCGUCUGGAUAACUUCCCGACCUGCAGCAGCCAAUCAGAUCCCUCCUACAUGUGUUGACAGGGUAACAGAAGUACGAGGCUUUACUGAUGCCCAAAAGGAGGAGUACUUCAGGAGGAGAUUCAGUGAUGAAGAUCUGUCCAGCAGAAUCAUCUCACACAUCAAGACAUCCAGGAGCCUCCACAUCAUGUGUCACAUCCCAGUCUUCUGCUGGAUCACUGCUACAGUUCUGGAGCACAUGUUGACUACAGACCAGAGAGGAGAGCUGCCCAAGACCCUGACUGACAUGUACUCACACUUCCUGCUGGUUCAGACAAAGAGGAAGAAGCACAAGUAUAAUGAGGGACAUGAGACAAGGCCACAUUUGCUGACAGAGGCUGACAGGGAAGUUCUUCUGAAGCUGGGGAGGCUGGCGUUUGAACAACUGGAGAAAGGAAACAUCGUGUUCUACCAAGAAGACCUGGAGCAGUGUGGUCUUGAUGUCACAGAGGCCUCAGUGUACUCAGGAUUUUGUACAGAGAUCCUCAAAACAGAGAGUGUGAUCUUCCAGAAAACAGUCUACAGCUUUGUUCAUCUGAGUGUUCAGGAGUUUCUGGCUGCAGUCUACAUGUACCGCUGUUACACCAGCAGCAACACAGAGGUACUGGAGGCCUUCCUGGGAUACCACAGUCACUCAUCCCUGGAUGACCCCUGGAUAGAAGACUACAGUCACUCAUCCCUGGAUGACCUCUGGGUAGAAGACUACAGUCACUCAUCCCUGGAUAACUUCCUGAUGGGAUCCAUGAACAAAUCUCUUCAAAGUGAAAAUGGCCACCUCGACUUGUUUGUUCGUUUCCUUCAUGGCCUCUCGGUGAAGUCCAACCAGAGUCUCUUAGGAGGCCUGCUGGGUCAGACCGAGAACUGUCAAGAAAUCAUCCAGAGAACCAUCAACAACCUGAAGGAGAUGAAUACUAAUGUCUCUCCUGACAGAAGCAUCAAUAUCUUCCACUGUCUGAUGGAGAUGAACGACUGCUCAGUACAUCAGGAGAUCCAAGAGUUCCUGAAGUCAGAGAACAGAUCAGAGAAGAAACUCUCUGAGAUCCACUGCUCAGCUCUGGCCUACAUGCUGCAGAUGUCAGAGGAGGUUCUGGAUGAGUUGGACCUGAAGAAGUACAACACAUCACAUGAGGGACGACGGAGACUGAUCCCAGCUGUGAGGAACUGCAGAAAGGCUGUGCUUAAGGGCUGUGGAAUCUCAGAGACUCACUGUGAAGUUGUGGCCUCAGCUCUGAAGUCCAACCCCUCCCAUCUCAGAGAGCUGGAGCUGAGUGAAAACUCCAACCUGCAGGACUCAGGAUGGAAGAUUCUGUCUGCUGGACUGGAGAGUCCAAACUGUAGACUGGAGACUCUGAGGUUGUGGAACUGCAGUUUGUCAGAGAUCAGCUGUGCUUCUCUGCUCUCAGCUCUGAAGUCCAAACCCUCCCAUCCGAGAGAGCUUGAUCUGAGUGACAACGAGAGUCUCAACGAUUCAAGAACAAAUCUGCUGUGUGAUUUACUGGAGAGUCCACACUGUAGACUGGAGACUCUGAGAUUGAAGAGCUGCAGUUUGUCAGAGAUCAGCUGUGCUUCUCUGCUCUCAGCUCUGAAGUCCAACCCCUCCCAUCUGAGAGAGCUUGAUCUGAGUGACAACUACAGUCUGAACGGUUCAGGAACAAAGCUGCCAUUUGAUUUUCUGGAGAGUCCACACUGUAGACUGGAGACUCUGAGAUUGAAGAGCUGCAGUUUGUCAGAGAUCAGCUGUGCUUCUCUGCUCUCAGCUCUGAAGUCCAACCCCUCCCAUCUGAGAGAGCUUGAUCUGAGUGGAAACUCCAGUCGGGACCGUUCAGGAAGGAAUCUGCAGUUUGAUUUUCUGGAGAGUCCACACUGUAGACUGGAGACUCUGAGGUUGUGGAGCUGCAGUUUGUCAGAGAUCAGCUGUGCUUCUCUGCUCUCAGCUCUGAAGUCCGACCCCUCCCAUCUGAGAGAGCUUGAUCUGAGUUUCAACAAGAGUCUCAACGAUUCAGGAACAAAGCUGCCAUUUGAUUUUCUGGAGAGUCCACACUGUAGACUGGAGACUCUGAGAUUGAGGAACUGCUGGUUGUCAGAGAUCAGCUGUGCUUCUCUGGUCUCAGCUCUGAAGUCCAACCCCUCCCAUCUGAGAGAGCUGGAUCUGAGAGAAAACUCCUUGAGUUCUUCAGACAAGAAGCUGCUGUCUGAUCUUCAGGAGAGUCCAGAGUGUAGACUGGAGACUCUGAGCUUGUGGUGAUCUCUGUCAGAGUGAGUGAACAUCCAGGAGUUCGUGUUGAGAGAGAAUCAGCUGUAUCCUGAUGAUCCAGAGAGGUUGAAGCAGCAGCAGCAGCAGCAGCUUGUGUGUAGAGAGACUCUGACUGGGCCACGUUACUGGGAGGUAGAGUGGAGAGGAGAGCUUCAUCCAGCAGUGACUGACAGAGGAAUCAGAAGAAGUGGAGAUGAGUCUCAGUGCUGCAGUCUGAACUGAUCUGAGAACAGCUCCACUGUCACACACAAAGUCAAGUCCACCAUCAUCCCUGUGUGUUCCUCUGGAUCUGACAGAGUAUCAUCAGUGUAUCUGGACUGCUCUGCUGCUGCUCUGUCCUUCUACACAGUCUCUGCAGACACACCCAGACUCCUACACUCAACCACCUCCUCCACCCUCCUCCUGGACCUGAGUCUCAGUCUGGAUUUUGGUCCAUGUGGAUCAUCUCCAGCAGAGGCUUGUUUAAGUCUUAAAUUUCUCUUUACUUUCAAACAUGUGACCAUCUGUAUCUGUUGAAACCAGAGUGACACUGCAGAUUAUUGCAGAAUCACUUGACACUAUAACCGUUAAUUUACAGGAUUUAUAAUAUGGCAUCUGAAUUUACUUUACUACUGCUAGGCAAAGUACGACCAUUUAUAAAUCUAAAAAGAUGUUGAAAAGCUGAUUCAUACCUUCAUUUCAAGUUGACUUGAUUACUAUAAUGCACUUUUUACUGGCCUCCCAAAAAAAAAAAACACUGAGAGAUUUCAGCUCAUUCAAAACUCUGCAGCUCAGAUAUUAACCAGAACCAAGAGGGAGAGAACACAUUAGUUCACUUUUAGCUGCUCUGAUCCAGCUUCCUGUAACAUUCAGUAUUGACUUUAAGGUCCUCCUCCUCAUAUACAAACAAAGCCCUUAAUGGGCUAGGACCAAGCUACAUUGCUAACUCCCUUGUUAACUAUUUGCCCUGAAGAACACUGCGAUCAUCUGGAGAUGACCAACAACAGCCGUGAGAAAAUCGGGAAUGCAGCCUUUGUCAAUUACGCCCCAAACCUAUGGAACACACUAUAGAUAGAUAUCAGGGAAGCCAGCUCACUAAAUAUUUUACUUUAUUUUAUACAUUCUAUGUAUUUUAUGUGUUCACUUUGUUUUUUAUUUUAUUCUUAUUAUUAUUCAGUAUGCAUACUAUUUUAUGUGUCAGUGGGUUUUAUCUUCCACCUUAUAUCAUGCAAUCUAUGUAAUUUUAGUAUUUUUCACUUUAUUUUUUCACUUCAUCUAUUUUAUCUUAUUUUUAUUAUCAAGUGGGCUUUAUUUUCCAUUUCAUGUUACACGGGUGCUGAGGUCAGUGGUAGGUAGAUUUGAGAAAAAAGACUGUGGUUUGUGUUUGGUCAGCUUUGGGUUGCACCUGACACAGAGAAGACCCACAGUGAGGUCAAACCCGAGGGAAGAUGUUCCGUUAAUCAAGACCGGUGGUGAGUCUGUGUCUGAUGGAGAAAUGGGAGGUUCUUCAGAGACCUAUGCACCGUAUAUAUAUAUAUCACAUAUAUAUUACAUAUUAUGUAUUGUAUAUCCACUUUAUUUUAUCUUAUAUUUAUUAACGUUAUCAGAAAAAAGUUUAAAUCAUUCUUUGAUCAUUGUGUCAUAAAUUAUAUUCUCCUUCUUUGGCACACAGCAUAGCCUCCUCCCCCUUGCACGCAUGAGAAUAUUGGCGCGGCCAAUCAAGAAUUUAGUAGGCUAGUAGUGUGAUGCAUGAAACAAACAUCCCUCAGAAUUAUGUGAGAUCUGUCAAAUAGAGGAAUCAGUGCAGCAUGUAAUUUUUCACUGUCAUAAAUACUCUCGAGAAGGAGAAACAUUAAAGAGGGAAAUCAGGAAGCUUGAAGUGGAAGAAAUUAGUCUAAAAAAUGUAUUUGCCAUCAGGUUAGUGAGUCUAUUCCAUUAUAUGAAAGAAAGUGGGCUGAUCAAAAGAAUUUAGUGUUCAGUGAACUAUAGGAGAUGAGUCAUAACAUUUCUGAUAUGCAAGAAUGUUUGUUGCUUCACAUCUAUGGCACUUUGUGUGUUUGUUCUGUUACAUUUAAUUAAAGAUUAAACAAGACAAUAAA